AUGAAAAGGCGCCAGUGGUUCUACGAUCCCGUCAUUCAGAGCAUUAAGAGCAAGUCCUCCCGCUUGUGCUUGGACGCGCCCGAGCACAAGCACGGUGGAUCUGUGGUCUUGGCCAAUUGCGAUCCCAACAACGUCAACCAGAAGUGGGUCUUGAACGACUUCACGGGCCAGAUCCAUCAUGCAACGCACUUUGGGUUUUCCCUCGGCGCCCCCGACGACGUUGACGGACUCGUGCGCUUGUUGUGGAGUGACAAAAACAACGUCAACCAACACUGGAACAUCAAGCCCGUCAAGGCCAACGCGUAG